CCCCCUCAGGUGUCCGGCCCGGCCGGCGUCAUGGCGCUGUGCGAAGCCGCGGCUUGCGGGAGCGCCUUGUCCUGGCCGCGGGUGAUCCUCUUCGGAGACUCCAUCACCCAGUUUUCUUUCCAGCAGGGUGGAUGGGGAGCAUCACUGGCUGACAAGCUGGCCAGAAAAUGUGAUGUUCUGAAUCGUGGAUUUUCAGGUUACAAUACCAGAUGGGCCAAAAUUAUCCUUCCAAGACUAAUCAGGAAGGGGAACAGUUUGGACAACCCAGUAGCAGUAACGGUUUUCUUUGGUGCCAAUGACAGCGCACUAAAAGAGGAGAACCCCAAGCAGCACAUCCCCCUGGAUGAGUACACUGAGAAUCUAAAGAGCAUAGUGCAGUACCUGAAGUCCAUGGAUAUUCCCAAGAGCAGGAUCAUUCUCAUUACGCCACCCCCACUCUGUGAGACCGCAUGGGAAAAGGAGUGUCGCAUGCAAGGUUGCAAAUUGAAUCGCCUAAACUCCGUAGUUGGAGAAUAUGCUAGUGCCUGUUUACAAGUAGCCCAAGACUAUGGUACUGAUGCAGUUGACUUGUGGACACUGAUGCAGAAGGAGAGUCAGGACUUUUCAUCCUACUUGUCAGAUGGACUACAUUUGUCACCAAAGGGAAAUGAGUUUUUGUUCUCCCAUCUUUGGCCUUUGAUAGAGAAGAAAGUCUCUUCCCUGCCAUUGCUGCUCCCUUACUGGCGGGAUGUAGCAGAAGCUAAACCGGAACUCAGUCUCCUGGGAGAUGGGGACCAUUAGUCGAAGCAAGCCAUGUCUGGUUCUGAUUCUCCUUGUUGGCAGGCUUAACCUUCGAUGCACAAAGAUCUUGACUAAGAGAUCAAGAAAAUCUUCUUACCCUGGAUCAAAAACACUGGCAUCUGUCACCAAGACUAAUAAAAUCAUUAGUGUUUUUCAGCAAA